UAAACAGCACAACGCAAGUAAGUAUAGUUAACAACUGAUGGUUCUUAACCGCCUGGAUAUGUAAACAGCACGCCGCGAGUAAGUAUAUUAUAUUACUGAUGGUCCUUCACAUACUGUAAUGCAUACAGAGCACAACGCGAGUAAGUAUAGUUAACUACUGAUGGUUCUUAACCCCCUGGUUAUGUAAACAGCACGCCGCGAGUAAGUAUAUUAUAUUACUGAUGGUCCUUCACAUACUGUUAUGCAUACAGAGCACAACGCGAGUAAGUAUAUAUAGUUAACUACUGAUGGCUCUUAACAUCCUGUGACAUACAAACAACAUAACCCGAGUAAUUAUAGUAAACUACUUAUGAUUUUUAACCUCCCGGGAUAUGGUAAGAGCAUAAUCCGAGUAAUCAUAGUAAACUACUUAUGGUUCUUAACCUCUUUGGAUAUGUAAAGAGCAUAACGCGAGAAAGUAUAGUAUAUUCCUGAUGGUUCUUAACCUCCCGGGAUAUGUAAAGAGCAUACAUGAGAAAGUAUAGCAUAUUUAUGAUGGCUCUUAACCUCCCGGGAUAUGUUAAGAGCAUAACGCGAGAAAGUAUAGCAUAUUUAUGAUGGCUCUUAACCUCCCGGGAUAUGUAAAGAGCAUAACACGAGAAAGUAUAGUAUAUUUCUGAUGGUUCUUAACCUCUUUGGACAUGUAAAGAGCAUGACGCGAGUAAGUAUAGUAAACUACUGAUGGUUCCUAACAUCCCGUGAUAUAUAAAGAGCACUACGUGUGUAAGAUUAUAUUCGAGACACUUCAUCUGACGGGUCAGGAUGAGUAAACUGGCCUUAGUUCUGAUACUUUCUAUAACAAAGUUGUCUCAUUCAAUUCCUAUUGAUGAGUUCUACCCGUUUGGAGAAUCAUAUGGAGACAGUGACUUUCCCAAGAAUGACGACGGAAGUUCACCAGCCGUAACUAUCAGCACCCUGUUUCCAUUCUUCAAUAACCAGCACGACGUUCUAUAUGUAAACACAAAUGGUGUUAUCAGUUUUCUGGGAACACUGUCACAGUACACACCGGAUUCCUUUCCUCUAAGCAAUUCUCGGCGACUCAUAGCACCUUUUUGGGCUGAUGUUGACAUAAGAAAAGGCGGAACAGUUUGGUAUCGCGAAACGACGAAUACAUCCAUCCUUCAGAGGGCUACAGAUGAAGUUAGGUUGUUUUAUCCGAGUCAAUCAAGCUUUGUGGCAGCUUGGGUAUUUAUAGCGACAUGGGAUGACGUGGCCUUUUAUGGAUCAAGUCCCGAUGUGGCACAAAGGAAAAGAAAUUCUUUCCAAGCCAUUCUGAUUACCAACGGUAGACAUUCCUUCACAAUAUUUAAUUACUACAAUAUUACCUGGACGACUGGGACAGCGAGUGGCGGCGAUUCUGAGGGUUUGGGAGGGACACCAGCUCAGGUAGGAUUCAAUGCCGGCGAUGGUAUUAAUUAUUAUGCUGUCAAUGAAUCAAGAACAGACGACAUUAUCAAUCUCCCACGACUUUCCAACGUACAUGUGGAUGGAAAGUUUGUGUUCCGAAUAGACACCGAGACCAUAGAACAGGGAGGCUGCAACACCGGAGGAACCUUGACUAUAUCUCCCCGAUAUUCCCACAUGUUCGGCGGAGAGAAGAAAGUGCUUGCUGGUCCAUGCAUACAUUCCAAUGACACUGUCACAGCUACGUUUGGAGGUGAUGGGACAACUUCUGUGAACUGUACUAUGGAAUCCAUGUACAGUGUAACCUGCGUUACACCUAUAUUUUACAAAACGGGGGACGUCAGUGUCAAACUAAAUGUGGUACCAUCCAAUCAACAAUCUAUCCAACAAAGUGCCGUAUACGAAGGGAUAAUUAAUAUAUUAAAUCCUUUGAACACGAAGUCAGCACUGCAAAGACUAGACCCAUCUAACUGGAGACGAGGAGAGGAAGUCACAAUGAAGUGGUCCUCAUCUGACAUCCCUUUUUACAUUGAAGGAUCAACUGUCGAGAUCUACACCGUCAAACCCGAUUUGGACCUAUUGCCGCGCCUGGAAUUCCACUCGUCUGUAGUGCAGUACAUCGAAUCAUCCCAAUCAGAGGUCUCGUUUACCCUGGAAACUGAAGAUGACGUCAUUCUCAUCAGUUUAGUAGAGGUGACACAGCCUAAUGACCAACGUCCAAGACAGAGGAUAUGGUCAGACGCCGUUGUAGUUGUUCCAAGAUACAUCAACGAAUCUAAACUGUCUUGUAACAAGUGGCAGACAACAGAUGACGAGCUACCAUCUUUGUCCGAAGUACAGGUACAGGUGUGUCCUUGUCGAUUUGACCAAGCUGACAUCGACCUUAUCAGAUUCCACCUCGACCCUGUGUGUCAAUCUCAGGAUAGUUCUAACCGACCGGGUUCCAAUUGUCUGUUUUAUCCAAAGGCCAAACAAUGUUUCAGACUGAACACUCCAGGACCUGCAGGAACAGGGCAGCUGUGUUGCUAUGACAACAACGGAAACGUCAUGAAUAUGUUGACGUCAUCAGGGGGUGGAUACCUACAGCGCUUCCACUACUUUGGUGAUACAGAAGCCGCUGUUCCGUAUUUGUCAAACAUUCUUUUUGAUACGGCCCCCUACUACCAUUGCUGUAUGUAUUCCCAGCUUAUACAAUGGGCUGUUUCGAGAGAAUGUUUCGAGUUUUAUCAAAAACGAACGCCGGGAAACUGUAAUGAGUAUGUCCCCAACAUUCCGGCACAAAUUUUCGGUGAUCCACAUUUCAUGACGCCGGAUGGCCUGUCAUACACAUUUAACGGAGUUGGAGAAUUUACAAUGUUUAGAACAACAUCUAAAAGCUUUAUAGCUGAAGUAAGAUUGCAAUCUGUUGAAAACAAUGGCAUCAAUGGAAGUGUGAUCACAUCGUUUGUCGCAAAAGCAGUGAAUAUGUCGGAUACCAUAGAGGUCAAACUCAACUCCAUCCGGGCAUUUGAUAUUCUGGUAAACGGAGUCGUACAAGAUAUCACAGGUGUUACAUUCCUCCGCUACAAAGGGGUAACCAUAUCCGUACGUAACAACAAUUCCACGACAAAUGACCAUACGGAUGAAGUCAAUAUUGCCUUUCCCGGACAGGACAUUUCAUUCCAGACAUUUGUUUACGAAUCAUUUCUUACCUUUAUCGUCAGUUUCGGCUCAGUUUGGGAACAGGGUAGUAUUGAGGGACUUUUAGGAAAUUUUAACCAGGAUCCUAAUGAUGACCUUAUUUCUCAACAUGGAGAUAGUUUACCGGCAGAUUCGUCAACCGAGGACAUACACAACAACAUGGGGUUGUCAUGGAGAAUCAUAGAGGAAGAGUCGUUGUUUACAUAUGCAGUAGGUACAUCACAUGCCUCUAUCCAGGACAACGCCUUCGUGCCAUUGUUCGAUAUCCCGGUAUCAGCAAUCGAUAAUACUACGCGAUAUGUCUGUGGAGACGACACCUUCUGUUACUAUGACAACUUCGUCACAAAGGACACCACGCUGGCUAGCUCCACCAGGACAUCUACCAAUACACUUACAAGGAUCCAGGAGAUCUCUCGGAAAACUGUUACCUGCGGGUUCCCGCCUGCUGUAGAGUAUGGACAGUGGAACAUUAGUGGAAUGGAGAUAGGAUACACAGGCAAACUUGUCUGUAACUCUGAAAUACAACUCAAAGGGUCGGGGUACAUAACAUGCAGCACAGAAGGUCAUUGGACUGACAGUCAGAGCACUUGUUUAUCAUCAGUUGCUACAACAACAAUUGGCCAAGACACCGCGGAUGUGCCGACGUCCGAUGAUUCCUGGAUAAUCCCUGUUGUGGUUGGUAUAACGUCGUCGGUCGUCCUUUUCAUCAUUAUACUACUAGCCAUCCUUUUGGUCAGACGCUUCUGUUUCAAAGAGGGAAAGGCGACAGGGAGCGGAGAUGACAAAGUAAUCCUCGAAUAUACAAGGGAGUUCGACAAUGCUGCGUACAUGUAUUCAUAAGAAGGGUGUAUUCUUUCUUCUUGUUUUGGGAUUUUUAUAUUCAAGUGUUUUCGUCGUUUGUGUAUAACUGUAAAAGAAAUUUUUAUAACCCUCAGUGAAUAUCAAAUAACCGUUGAUUUGUCGGUUGACAUUAGGAAUUUUUCGAGUCAACUAAGGUUUGUGUAGCGUAGGUCAUGACAGGAGGAUAAAUGAUACCGAGCGGUAAACUGUAAAACUGUAUGUAUUUUAGCAGGUUCAAAGUUAAGCCCAUAGUCAAUUUUGUAACAGAUUGGCACAUCGAUGAAUUGGCCCGUCCACGAUAUAACGUAACAAUAUACCAAACCAUGGUUGGCACAGUAACAAUUUAACAAUGUUUGCAGCUUGGAAAUAUAUAUGGCCGCUAAAAUAUGAACAUUUACAAUAUUUUGUUGAUACAGGAUUAAUAACCCUAUGAAUAAAUAUGGUAUGAACCUUAUAUUAAGAUAUACAGUAAAACCCCAAUUACUCGCACCCGCAUUCCUCGAAUAACCCUAUUCGUCGAACUUUUCUCGUGGUCCCGACCUCGUCGUUAGAUAUUCUUUGUAAGUAAACCUCGGAUAACUCGAACCGCUAUUUGUCGAAUGCCAUGCAUUCCUCAAAGUAUUAUUCAUCCCCCUUCUUUAAUAUUCAUAGUAUUAAUCCUACCUUUUCGUCCAACAGGUACCACAUCCGACAAUUGUGGCUAUGUUACACAUGUCUGCGGCGGACCUGGUACCACAGUCAAUCGUACACGUGUAUAAUACAGGUGUCGGGUCAAGACAGCAUUGUCACCACAAAUUUCGUCGUUAUUACAAAUUGCGUGGUGACAGAUACUUACCAGAUUAUUUGUGGAUCCAUUAUAUACCUAUGCUACCUGAUUUAAACAAUUAAUUACAGGUAAUUUAUACUUACUGAUGGAUGACUUAGUGUCUAAUAAAUCUAUUUUAUUAAUUUCAUUACCAUGAUAGCAAUCGCUGUACAAACGGAAGGUACAUUUGAUGAAAAACCAAAUAACGAAAUGGUAUGUACUGUCAUAUUUUUCUCAUGAGUUGGAAGGGACUGAUAAAAAUGCUUAUUACCUUAUCGUUAAACAGUGGUCACUUUAGUUUCAUUUUUACAGUAUUUCGGAGAAGAUCCCGUCACAUUUCUUUUAUUCUGUAAAUUUGAACUAGCGGUAAACAGAUGUACAUCUUUGGCGGAUAUUUAGAUAUAUAUACAUAUAUAUAUA